CCAUCUUUGGCUAGGAGGGAGAGGGCCGGACGCGGGAGUAAACACCCGGAGCCGGGAAAGUCGAGUUCUGGCCGCGUCCAGGUGUUGCGGGGCAGCGGUGGAGAGCACGCGGUCCUGAUCUUCGGUGGCCGACAUGACGGCCCGGGGUCAGAGCCCCCUCGCACCGCUGUUGGAGACUUUGGAAGACGCUUCCGCCUCCCUUGGAGAGCAGACCGACGCGUACCUAACUCUCACCAGUCGUAUGACUGGUGAAGAAGGAAAAGAAGUCAUUAUUGAAAUUGAGAAAAAGCUUCCCCGGCUGUAUAAAACUUUAAAGACUCACAUUUCCAGUCAAAACUCGGAACUUAGUAGCGCUGCUCUACAGGCCUUGGGGUUUUGCUUAUAUAAUCCUAAAAUUACUUCAGGAUUAUCAGAGAAAAACAGUCAAGAAUUAUUUUCAAAAUUGAAUGAUAUUAUUAAAACUUCAGACAAAAAUGUACGUACUAGGGCACUUUGGGUAAUAUCCAAGCAGACAUUUCCCAGUGAAGUUGUUGGCCAAGUGGUGUCCAAUAUAAUUGAUACAUUAGAAAUAGUAUUUAAUAAAGGAGAGAUGCAUUCUGCCAUUGUUGAUUAUGAAGCAUUGAAUGUCAUUAUAAGGCUAAUUGAACAAGCCCCAGUUCAGAUGGGAGAACAGGCAGUGAGGUGGGCAAAACUGGUCUUACCUUUAGUGGUUCAUUCGGCACAAAAGGUACAUUUGCGGGGUGCAACUGCUCUAGAGAUGGGAAUGCCAUUAUUGCUUCAGAAACAACAAGAAAUAGCAUCUAUUACAGAACAGCUUAUGACUGCUAAAUUAAUCUCAGAACUCCAAAAACUAUUUAUGAGUAAAAAUGAGACUUAUGUAUUAAAAUUAUGGCCUUUGUUUGUCAAACUUCUUGGAAGGACCUUGCAUCGAAGUGGGAGUUUCAUCAAUUCUCUGUUACAGCUGGAAGAACUGGGAUUUCGUAGUGGAGCACCCAUGAUUAAAAAAAUAGCUUUUAUUGCUUGGAAGAGUUUAAUAGAUAAUUUUGCUUUAAAUCCAGAUAUACUAUGUAGCGCAAAAAGACUCAAGUUGUUAAUGCAGCCUUUGAGUUCCAUCCAUGUGAGGACAGAAUCUCUGGCAUUAACAAAACUAGAAGUCUGGUGGUAUUUACUGAUGAGACUUGGACCUCAUCUCCCUGCUAAUUUUGAACAGGUUUGUGUGCCUCUCAUUCAAAGCACAAUAAGCAUCGAUUCUACUGUUUCACCUCAAGGCAGUUCAUCUCGUGUAGCUCCUUCUCCAAAUUUAAGUUCUGUUACUCCCGUACACAAAGGUGCUCCCCCUUUUGGAUCCCCUGUAACACCCCGGAUGAACCUGAGUUCGAAUUUAGGCGGAAUGGCUACAAUUCCCUCCAUUCAACUUUUGGGACUUGAAAUGUUGCUUCAUUUUUUGUUGGGUCCAGAAGUCGUGAGUUUUGCUAAGCAAAACAAAAUUUUACUGAGUUUAGAGCCACUGGAACAUUCAUUAAUCAGCAGCCCUUCUUUUUUUUGCAAACAUGCAAGUACUCUUAUCACUGCUGUUCAUGAUAGCUUUGUUGCAGUUGGAAAAGAUGCUUCUGAUUCAGUUGUCAGUGCUAUUUGGAAGGAGCUAAUUAGCUUGGUGAAGUCAGUUAUUGAAUCAGGUAACAAAAAGGAGAGACCAGGUUCUGAAGUUUUGACACUUUUAUUAAAAUCUUUGGAAAGCAUAGUGAGGUCAGAAGUAUAUCCUGUAUCAAAAACACUGGUCCUCAUGGAAAUGACAAUUAAAGGACUUCCUCAGAAAGUAUUAGGUUCACCAGCAUAUCAGGUUGCUAAUAUGGAUAUUCUUAAUGGCACUCCUGCUUUGUUUUUAAUUCAAUUAAUUUUCAACAAUAACCUCUUGGAAUGUGGUGUAGCUGAUGAAAGGUUUUUUCUAAAUCUGGAAACACUUGUUGGCUGUGUUCUUUCUGGUCCAACUUCACCAUUGGCUUUCAGUGAUUCUGUUUUAAAUGCUAUUAAUCAAAAUGUAAAGAUGUUGGAAAGCAAAGAGCAUCUCUGGAGAAUGUGGAGUAUAAUAGUCAGCCCAUUAACUGAAUUGAUUAAUCAGACCAAUGAAGUGAAUCAAGGUGAUGCCUUAGAACAAUUAAUUUAAAUCUAUGGAGCGUUAAUUUUACCAAUAAGCCAUAUUUUUUCAGUACAGAAAUUUCCAUUGGCCACCACGAAGACCUUACUUAGAACUUGGUCAGAAUUAUAUCAAGCAUUUGCCCGCUGUGCUGCUUUGGUGGCAACAGCAGAACAGAAUUUGUGCUGUGAGGAACUUUGUUCCAAGAUAAUAUCCAGUUUGGAAGAUGAAGCCCUUUCAAAUUUGUUGUUCUUGGAUAGGAUCAUUCAUAUUAUUAGUGUAAUGGUUGAUUGCAUCGACUUUUCACCAUAUAAUAUUAAAUAUCAGCCUAAAGUUAAAUCACCACAGACGUCUUCAGAUUGGUCCAAAAAGAAGAACGAACCCCUAGGGAAGUUGGCUUCCUUAUUUAAGCUUAUUGUGAGAGUGAUGUAUUCUUUCCAUACACUGAGCUUCAAGGAAGUACAUUCUGACACACUCCUCACUAUCGGCAAUUCAAUUACCAGCAUUGUUUCCAAUGUGCUUGGACAUAUUUCUUUGCCUUCUAUGAUCCGAAAAAUAUUUGCAAUUUUGACAAGACCUCUGGCAUUAUUGUAUGAAAAUUCAAAGAGUGAUGAAGUCCCUAAAGUGUAUAGUUGUUUGAACAAUAAGUUAGAAAAGCUACUGGGAGAAAUUAUUGCUUGUUUGCAGUUCAGCUACACUGGGACUUACGACAAUGAACUUCUUGAGCAGCUUUCUCCACUACUAUGCAUAAUAUUUUUGCACAAGAAUAAGCAGAUUCGAAAACAGAGUGCUCAGUUCUGGAAUGCCACAUUUGCUAAAGUGACCAUGUUGGUUUAUCCUGAAGAAUUAAAACCAAUACUAAGACAAGCCAAACAAAAAUUUCUACUUCUGUUGCCUGGUUUGGAAAAUGUCGAAAUUAUGGAAGAAUCCAGUGGACCAUAUUCAGACCCGACAGAAAAUUCACAAUUAAAUAUGAAGAUAAGUGGCAUGGAAAUAAAAUCAAAUAGAAAAAGAGAUUCCCUUUUGGCACAAACCAAGGAUACAAAAGAAAAUAUGAAAACACCCACUAAAUCGAAAUUGGAAUCUUCAUGUCCAAAAAUAAAAAGUGAAAUUCUUUUGGAAGAGGAAAAGUCUGCUGACUUUGUGUUUAUACCUCCAGAAGGAAAAGAAGCAAAAGAAAGAAUACUAACUGAACAUCAGAAAGAAGUACUCAAAGCAAAGAGGGGUCAUAUUCCUGCCAUGUAUAAUAAUCUGGACAUUUCACAAGAUGCCUUAUUUUCUCAGUAUAGUCAGGAAGAGUCUGUGGAAAUUCCUGCUUUAACUGAAAAACCAAAGGAAGAUUCCAAGAUGAUGAAGAUGGAGGAACAAAUGGAGUGUGAUGCCACUUCUAAAGAUAGCACAGAAAACUGUGGUGUGGAGGAACAUCUUGCAAAGACCUCCCUUUCGAAUAUUGAGUGUGGUUCUCUUGAGGAAACCAGUCCAGAAGUAUUGAGUAGUAAUGAUGUCAGACAAAACAUUUUACUUACACCUGAAUGUACAUCUCAUGCAGAAAAUACUUCUGAUAACUCAGUUUCUCAUGGCACUAUUUCUGGAACUCUUUCACAGCCUACAAGUCGAAGGCAAACUUUUAUUACACUAGAGAAGUUUGAUGGUUCUGAAAGCAGGCCUUUUAGCCCAUCCCCCUUGAAUAAUAUGUCAUCAGCUAUUUCAAUGAAAAACAACCAGGAAAACAUGACUAAAACAGAUAUUCCAUCAAAAGCAAAGAAAAGAGAAAUGACUCUUUCCAAACCUGACUCUGAAAAAAUAGUGAAUGGAAUUAAGAGAUUAAGCCGAAGAUCAGGUAAAGCUGAACAAGCAGGGAAUAAAAAGUCUAAGCCCUUAAUGAGAUCUGAAGAUGAGAAAAUUUCUCAAGAAUCUACGGUUGGCAUGGUAGCCUUAGAAAAUAACCCAUCUGAUUUUCUUAGUCAGACAGAGCAUGUAUCAGAUACCCAGGCUCACCUUUCUGAACCUACAAUUGAAUGUGAAGAUACAAAGCUUAAACAAACAGUAGAAAAUGUAUUACUGGAUGACAACACUGUAGAAGAGAAAAAUUUAGGAAUUCACUUGGAAUCCAAGGAAAAUACGCCCCCUACAAUAAUACCAGCAGAUCAACUAGUAAAUGAGGACAGUCAGGUGCAGUUAAUUCCAAAUCAAAAAACACUUAGACGGUCUUUACGACGACGUUCAGAAAUAGCAGAGUCUACCUCUGAUAGCCAGGAUAAAGAAAACAAUCAUCAAAAAAAGGAAAGACGUAAGGAAGAAGAAAAACCUCUUCAGAAGAGUCCAUUGCAUGUAAAAGAUGAUGUGUUACCAAAGCACAAACUCAUUACUGAACAAACUGUACUUGAAAAUUUAAUUGAGAAAGGAAAUAACUUUCAUGAGAAGACUUUUGGGGAAACCAGCACUAACACUGAAAUUGACCAAAGUAGAAGAAAGCCAGAUGUUGAGAAUAUUAAAUCUGAGGGAGAUGGUACCCAGGACAAUGCAGAUAAGUCCUCUGAGAAACCAAUAAGGGGACGAACACGGUACCUAACAAGAAGAGCAUCCCAGGGUUUGCUUUCCAGCAUUGAAAACUCAGAAUCUGAUAGUUCUGAGGUCAAAGAAGAAGGUUCUAGAAAAAAGAGAUCUGGAAAAUGGAAAAACAAAAGUAGUAACAGUGUUGACAGUGAAGAUCAAGAAGAGAAAAUGGUACAACAGGAGUGUAUAAAAGUUGAAAAUCAGACACAUGAUCAUAAAGCAAUUUCAGAAAUAGACAUAGACAUAUCUCAGACUUGUGAGAAAAAGGUUGAAAAUAGUACUGUAACACUUCAGGAUUCGACGUUAUCUUCAGAUUCAUUACAAGUUUCUGAUGAUGUACCAAAUACAUAUGAGGAAAAAAGUAAAACUAACAUAUGUGCAGAAUAUUCCUUUACAAGCCCACCUGUGCCAGAGUCAAAUCUAAGGACUAGAAACACCAAUAAAAGGUUACAUAAGCGAGAUUCUACAGAAAGUACCAGUGUGGGAGAAUCCUCAAGAACAGGGUCAUCAGACAUUUCUUUGCUCUCUGAAAAAACUCUCCAGACACUUGAAUGCCAACAUAAGAGAAGUAGGAGGGUAAGGAGAUCAAAAGGUUGUGAGUGCUGUGGAGAAAAAUCACAACCUCAGGAAAAGACAUUAGUUGGGUUAAAGAACACAGAAAACUAUGAUUCCAAGAUCAGUGAUACAGAAAAGACAGAUUUGCAGAUACCUGUAACUAUGUCAGAAACGUCUAAAAUUAAUACAUAUUCAGAAGUAAAAUUUUUAGAUGAGCAUCAUAGUGUGAAUUUUCAUUUGGGUCUGAAGGGGGAGAAUGGUACUAGUAAUGAUUCAUUAAUUGUAUCUGAAACUGAGUUGAAAGAAAAUGCUCUUCAAGAGUCUCUUUCUCCUGAAACAGCACAUUUUAAAGAGGAAACCUGUGAUGUGGGUUCCAGUGGAGCAGUAUCUCUGGAAAGCCAAGAGUCAUUUAAUAAACAUUUUAAAACUGUUGGCCCAUGUUUAGGUGAUUCUGAAGAUAUUUCACAGGAGUGUUCUCUGGAGAUUAAAGAAGAAAAAUCAAAAGCUACCCCCCAAAAGGAACUAAGUCUAGAAAACUUAGUUAAUGUUGAAGGAAAUGCAUGCAAAGUAGAAGAAUGCAAUCUAGAGGAAGUAGAAGCUAUGGAAUUGGAUACAGAAAGUGGUAAGUCCGAAACUAGCUUACCUGAACAAGAGAGUGCCAAAACUGACAUUUCUGAAGAAGAGGCAACACAGGAAAAGAAUGAAAAUGAUGAAUCCAGAACAGACACAGCUGAAGAACUAAAUGCUGCAGAAGCAGCAACUGAGGAAUUUAAACUAGGAAUUGGUUAUUCUGAUACCAACACCCCUGUAAAAGUGAGUGCUGUAGCUGAGAUUUCUGAACAAACAGCCGCUGGGAAAUCAGAGGGAGGAAGUGAUGAAUCUAAUCCAGGUUCAUCUGAAGAAGUGAAUGCUGAAAUGGAAAAUUGUGAAGAAGCAGUGACUGGUGAAAUGAAUGCUGAAACUGAUGAUUUCAUUGAAGCAGAAGUUGGAGACAUGACUUCUGAAACCGCUGAGCCUGAAGAAGCCAAACCAAAGAGAAUGAAGGCAGAAAUCAAAAACUUUCUUCCUGACACACUUGAAAUAAAUACUGAAGGCAAGAUUGACUCUAGUAAAACUGACAUAAAUACUGAAAUUUAUCAGUCUGAGGAAACAGAAUUGGAUGACAAUCAAAUGGUAGUGGAAAGUGAUGAGAUUAUAGGAGAAGUUCGCUGUACUUCAGAGAAAGUGGAGGAACCAUCUCAUUCUCCAACAUCUGAAAUCUCUGAACUGAUAACUGAAGAUAGUAAUGCAUCUCCUCAAAAAUUAAAGGAGCUUGAUCCUUCCCUUGUGUCAGCAAAUGAUAGUCCUAGUGGCAUGCAGACACGCUGUGUCUGGUCUCCUUUGGCUUCUCCAUCCACCAGCAUUUUAAAGAGAGGACUAAAAAGACCCCAAGAAGAUGAGAUCUCAUCACCUGUUAACAAGGUUCGCCGGGUCUCCUUUGCAGAUCCAAUAUACCAAGCAGGAUUGGCUGAUGACAUAGAUAGGCGAUGCUCUGUUGUUAGGCCCCAUUCUUCAAAUAGUUCUCCCAUAAUAAAAAGUGUUAAAACUUCACCUACUGCACAAUCUAAGCAUAAUACCACUUCAAUGAAAGGAUUUCUGUCCCCAGGAUCACGUAGCCCUAAAUUUAAGAGCUCAAAGAAGUGUUUAAUUACAGAAAUGGCCAAAGAAUCCAUGCCAUGCUCAACAGAAAGUGUUUACCCAGCUCUGGUGAACUGUGUGGCACCAGUUGACAUCAUUUUACCUCAGAUUACAUCAAACAUGUGGGCAAGAGGCCUGGGACAACUCAUUAGAGCCAAGAAUAUAAAAACAAUUGGUGAUUUGAGUACCCUUACAGCAUCUGAAAUAAAAACUCUUCCUAUCCGUUCUCCAAAAGUGUCCAAUGUGAAAAAGGCUCUCAGAAUAUAUCAUGAGCAGCAGGUGAAGUCUCGUGGAUUAGAAGAGAUUCCAGUUUUUGAUAUUUCAGAGAAAACAGUAAAUGGAAUAGAAAAUAAAUCUUCCUCUCCUGAUGAAGAAAGACUUGCUUCAGAUUUGAUUGAUUCUGUUGCUUUAGAAACUCCAUUAUCUAAAAAUCUUGUGGCACAGAUAAGUGCACUUGCUCUUCAGCUGAAUUCAGAAGAUCUCCAUAAUUAUUCAGGAAGCCAGCUAUUUGAAAUGCAUGAGAAACUUGGUAGCAUGGCAAACUCUAUAAUAAAAAAUCUACAGUCACGUUGGAAGUCACCAGCCCACGAAAAUUCUUCUUAAUACCUUACGGGAAAAUUGACAUUCUUUUAACAUCAGUGGUUUUGUUGAUUUCAUAAAACAAGUUGUGAAAUACAGCACAAUUUCAGAAAGAAGAGACUGAAUGUUUGCAAAGUUGGUAACAUUUCAAACCCUGAAGGGCAAACUGUAAGUUCAGUUUGUGAGUUGAUUAUGUAAGAUCACUUUUUCCCCCAUAUAAAUUACUUUCUUGGCUACUAUUGCAUAACUUUUCAAGAAAUUUAAAUGUCUUACUGAGGAUGUGAAAAAGCAAAAUCUAGUUAACAAGUAUACGUUUUAUUACAGACUUUCUUAAACUCAUUCAUAUUCUGAUGAAACAUUUAAUGUAAAAUAUAAGUAAAACUGAAAAUUCUUAUUUGAAUUUUUGUUGAAGUGAUAAAGGGUGUUCAUUCAUACUUCAUUUUUCUGUCCAUGUUUGUUGUGCUUGGGGUUUAAGAAAAUUGUUCUUGAUAGAACACCUCAAAUAAGAUGCAAAAGAAUUGGAAUGGUUUCUGCAGAUGGUAACUUUUUUGGACAGCCUUCAAGAAAAAUGUCAAAAGUCUAAACUUUUGGGAUUAAAAUAUUAAUGAAGGACUUAUUAAAAUUCCAUUCAUUUGCAUUAGCAAAUAUUUGUGCAGCAACCUUUGCCUGAGAAAAUUUACUUAAAGUCCUAUAGUAUUCAUUUAAAAAUGCAUGACUCUUUGUACAUUAUGUAUAGAUUAUGAUGUUUUUAAUUUAUAAAUUUCAGCCUUUGCAGAUUGCAUGAAUUUUCCUGCAGCUUGUUGUGGGUACCUUGGUUUUGUUUAAUAGAAACAUAUUUUGUAUAUAUUAUAUACUGAAAUACCAGUAUGAGCAGUAGAGGUGCUUCACAGGCUUGCUGCAGAUGUUUGUAGGAUUCUGUAUCUACUACCAAUAAAACAACAAAUAGUUUUGUACUUAAUAGUCUUAGUUAAGACAUGAGUUUAUUACUACCAGAAUGAGCAAAAUUAUAGAAAUGAGAAAAGGUUACAUAGCAACUUUAAUAUUCAUAUCCAUAAUUUUUUCCCCCUUCUGGUUUGGGAGAGAGUAUCAGUCACUAGAAAGAGUGCCUCGUUACAUUACUUCUUAAAGGGGAGUUAGUUUGAAUAUUUUCAUUGCAGCUUGGUCUGUAAGAGAUCUAGAAUUUGUCUGUCUUUUCCACGUACACCUAAAAGCAAACUUAGAAAUUCGAAACUAUUAUUUUUAUAUAUGUAUGUUUUGCCUAGUUAAAAAAAUAGGGUGUAUGUAAUUAAAACAUUUGUAAAUUUUACCAACUAGUAUUAGUGCCUGCAUUCCCAUCUUUAUUUCAUCUUUUUAGUAGUGAGAAUAUUUCUUAUUUGUUCUCUGAAUAGAAUGAGUGAGUAAUCUCAGUUUCACGCUUCAUUCAGAACCUAACCCCUGUUUGAAAAAACACAUUCUUCAAGUCAUAAAAAGUUACCUUAUUUGGUUGGAUUAUUGUACCAGUGAUGCCAAAGUUACAGAUUAAUCCUUGUGUCUAGAAUUCCUGUCUUUGGAAGGGAUCGCUACCUAGCCACUGUAAAUCCAUUGUUAUUGGUUUUGAAUAUGAUAUUUCUCAUAUAUCAAGGAUAGUUUUAAAAAGAAAUUUUGGGACCAUUGAACUAAAUGUCACAGUUUGAAGAAAUGACUAAUGAAAAAAGGAUUUUUUAAAGCAGAAUUAUCCUUGUGAUUUCCAUUAUUCAUCAUUUAUUUCCUAAAUUAUUUGACAGUAAAGAAGCAAGCAGGUUUUUAGUGAACAGGUUGAAUAAGAAAGGUUGUGUUUGUAUGUGUUUGGGGAAGGGGAAGUGGGAUGCCGUAGUAACACAUUUCAGAGUCAAGGCUAGCUGGUUUCAAACCUAUAUGUUCUAAUGGUUGUAUGGACUAAGCUAUUAUUUGCCAGUUAAAUGAAGUUCUUGAGAAGCUGAGUAGUAUAGCAGAAUAUGUGGCCAAAAUGAUUGCCAUUUACUUAAAUCACUAAAUUUGAUACACACAUUGGUAUUCAUUUAAAAACAUUGUGGUUUGUCAAGGUUGUAUUUAAAAAUAUUAUUUGGGGAGAAAACUAGUUUGCUAAAUCUUCAUUGUUGCUAUUUUAAGAGUAUAUUUGAGGUACAUUAUUUUCAAUAAUUCUUGCCUUAGAAUAGUUUUUUUUUCUAUCUUUUCUAAUAGCAUAUAUUAAGAGCACUCAGAUAUGACUUAAUUAUUUUAUGCAUUAAAAAUCUUGUGGGAUACAUGAAUGCAGUGUAGUUUUCCAUAUUUAUGAAAUCUAUUUUGGAUUUCAUAGUGGAUUUAGUGAGCCCUAUUUUUAAAGAUAUUCUGCCAUUUGAACAGGUUUGAAAGCCAUUGUUGACGUUUUGCUUAAUUCCACAUAGUAAAGGAAAACUCUGGUUAAGUAAUAAUGCUAUUGGAUAAUACAAUAAAAAAUAAGACUUAAUUUUGAAGAUUAAAAGCAUGGUAGUUCCUGCUGUCACCCAUGGAUACAAAUUUUUUUUUCUCUUUAGCUUGAAAAGUAGUUGGGUUCUCUGUUGAAUAUUUAAAAAUCAUAGAAAUGUCAAGAUACUUAAGAGUAUAUCUCACUUCUUUAAAGUAAAGUAAUGAGAAUAAUUAAAAAUAAAUGCUGUUUAAAAACACUACCUUCGUGGAAAAGAGAAAUGGUAAAUGAGCUAAAUACCAGUCCUUCCAACUUUGACUUUAUAAGUCAGUAAGAAAGGUCUAGGUUUUAUCUCAUAGUCUUCAUAAUUGAUUUUCAGGGAGGUGAUUUGUUAAGUGGGCAAGGAGGCCAUAAGAUAGCAAACGUUGGCAUUAUUAGGCUAAGACUUGGGAGGGAGGAGGAUGUUUGCUCACUACUACAGCUCAUAUCCAUUUUAUGCCUAAGCCAUUACAAAAGUCUUGUACUUUGUAUAAGACAUUAGGAGUGAUGUUUUACUUAUGACACGGUGUUUCUCAAACUUUGAUGUGCUUGUAAAAAUGCUGAUUUAGUAGAUGAGAUGGGUCCUGAGAGUCUUCUUUUCUGACACGUUGCCAGGUUGUACAGUUGCUGGUAUCUUACAAAUGGACUGAACUUAUAGUUUGUAGUCCAAAGAGGCUUCAAGCUGUGAAUUACUAAAAAAAAAAAAAUUGUUAAGAAUAAAAUUUUGCCCUUAAUGGAAACUUUUUAAAAUGUAGAAGAUAGAUUUAUUUUUAACAGUCAGACUUAAAAGUUAGGGGGUUCAUGUUAUAAAGGAACCUCAGAUUACACAAAAUGAGUCUUUUCAAAACCCAAUGAGUAUAUGUGGAUUAUGUUCUGUUUUUUUGUUUUUGUUUUUGUUUUUGGUGAUUAAAAUUUAAAAUUUUAGAGAUAGAUUUAGUCUCUAAAAUUACCUUCUAUAAUGGGACUUCAUUACUUUAAUUAAAAAAACAUUGAGAGCAGUAAAGUCAUCAGUGCUGUGAUAAACAUGUCAUAUCUCACAGAUGUCCUGCCAUUUAAAAAAAAACUUUUAAUCAUACACCACAUAAUCCGUCCAGUGUGUACAAUCAGUGGCUCUCAGUAUAGUUGUGCUUUCAUCUGCCCUGUUGUUUUACGGAAGAUGUCUGUGGUGACUUAAUUUAUUAUGUUACAUGGAUGAAAGUUCCUGUACAUAUUGUAAAAUGGAGCAUUUGAAAGACAGUUGAGUGAUUCUCUGAAAAAAAGAUUUUCUUGGCAUUCUGUUAGGAUGAGCAUCAUUUAGAUUUCCCUCACAUAUUUAAAUUCUCUGUAAGAACUGCCCUCAUCCAUAGCACUUAAGAAAAUGUAGCCAGAAGAUAAGUAAUGGGCUUUUAAAUUGGUUUCUCAAAAUUUAUUGAUUGCCUUAUCUGAAAAACAAAUUUGAGUUUUGGAAUUUCUGGUGGUCCAAAAAAUGUUAUAUUUGUUAUAUACCAGGCUUUGUUUACUGCUUUUUGAAAGUGUCCAUUAAAAUCUGAGUUAUUUGGAUUCGAAGAUCCAUAGAUACUUAAUGGAGUAGUAGUCUAACAGAAUUGAGAGUUUACUAAAUUCUUGGGAUACAGUGUUAAUAGUUUAUGUCGUGGUCUUCUUAGUUAUUUUCCCAUUAUAUAUCAAGUCUUUCCCUGUCUAAAGAACGAUUAAAACCAAACAUGAAGUGUACCUAUCAGAAAUGUUUUCUUCCCUGAAAACUACUGUUAGAAUAAAAAAUUACUCAUCCCCCAUAUCUGAGACUAUAAAAUUGAAGGCAAUAUUUUCAAUGGUUGAUGUCAGAAGGAAGAAAAGAACCUACAUAAACUUUAGUACUUGUAGCAGAGAGAAGAUUAUGUUUAGGCCAUGGUAUACCAAUGUAUAAUUGUGGAAAAAACUAAGCUUAUUAGAUAGCAAUUUUUAUGCUGAUGAGAGUUGAUGCACUGAGAGGUGGUAAAAGGAAGAGAAACAGAUUGAGCCAAACUAUUCAAGCAAUUAGACCACUUAGUAUAGAGACAGAUACCUUAAAAAUAUCUGGCAACCAGUGGUUUCUGAGAGCUAGUCUAUACAUAACACAGUACCAUAAUAGUAAUCAUAAAUACCAUGAGUAAUCAUUACAAAUAUAAUUAACUUAGUACUUCACCUCAAAAGCUAUGCGUUAAUAAAUUUCCAUCAAAAGGCAACUUUGUUUUUUAGAUAGAUAAACUACAUAUAACUAGGAAGUUCACCUUCAAAAUAAAGUAUAACUGAAAAUUGAAUAUAGUGUUAUAGCUGUUUUGAUACGUAGUUGAAUAUUUAAAGAAUUUUUCAUUUUACAGAAUAGGAAUUUUCUAAAAGGAAAUGUGGUUAAGAGCAGAAUCAAUUUUCAGUAUAGUAACUGAAGGAUAGCAGUUUUGCCUACUAAGUUACAGAGCACAGGUUACAAACUAGAGCCUACCACCCUUUUUUGUAUGGUCCAUUAGCUAAGAAUGGCAUUUACAUUUUUAAAUGGUUGAAAAAAGUGAAAAUAUUUUGUGACAUGAAAAUGCAUGAGAUUCAUAUUUCAGUCUCCAUAAAUUAAAGUCUUAUUGGAACACAGCCAUGGUUGUUUAUAUAUAUAUUGCCUGUUGCUGCUUUAGUGCUAUGGUGGAGUUGAACAGUUCUGAUGAAAGCUUGCAAAGCCUAAAAUAUUUACUCAUUGGCCUUUUGCAGAAAGUCCUCUGCCAUAGAGAGAGUAGUUUUGUUCAUACAUGGCUCAUAGUCAAUUCAGUUCUUUGCUUCUAGCUGGUGGAAUGGGGAUCUUGAUAACGUUCCUUAAUUUCUGCUACCGCUAUUUAUAAUUUAUUUUGCAAAAUGAGUUGUCGAUUCCAUUUAUAUCUUUUGCCAUUAUUCAUAUACAUACGAACUAGGAGAUUCAGUACUUUUCAGGUACACUUUGUUUUUCUCUUUUUGAAACUCUCAAGAUGUAGUUAUAUUUGCUAUGGAUAUUAAGGCACCUUAAUGGUCUGAGGGAAAGGUAUCUGUUGCUAACUGGUUUUCCACACUAGUUGUCUCACAUGGCAUAUAAUUACUAAAUCAAACCUGUGAAAUAAAUUGCUUGAAUACAGGGUGUUCGCUUUCUGUGUUGCUGACUUAAGAAUUGCUUUCGACCUGUAUUAACACUCUACCUCCUGUGGAUAGACUUGACCAGUUUGCACUAAAGAAAGAUUAAUAGAAGCCAAAUCAGGCAUUUAUUAGUCCUAUAAUAUUUUUGUCACGAUCACUUGAUAUACUUUAAGAGAACUUAAUUUUACAUUAACAAAAUAUUUAUAUUUGAUAAGUCUUUCAAACAAUUUAAGUUAAAAUUUCAUGGAAGUACCUAUUCAGUCUUUAAAUUAACUGUGCUAGUACUUGGGAAGUAAGGAUGCAGUCAGUUUUAUUUGUGUAAUGCUUUAUACAAUGUUUGCAGCAGGUGGACCUAUGCUAAUAAAGCUAGUAUUUUCUGCUUCAUUAGGACUGGCUUGAGGGAGGGAGAAUAUAUCUGACCCACAAUCAAGUCUUUCAUGAAUCAUUGAGAGUUGACUGUUAUCGCUUGCCAAUUGAAACUGGAUAUUGAAACAUCUUUUAAGAAAUGCACUUUGAUCUGAAAUAAAAAUAUAAAGUAGCAA